AUGGGUCCAAAAGCGAAGGGGAAGAGUAAGCAAAUUGCCAGCGAUUCAAUCAGGAGCAGCAGGAUCAUUUCAAGUAGCAACAAUGCAGUGGUUCCAUACUUGGGGGCGAGAGACCUGAUCGGCCGCCAAGCAUAUGGAGUGGAUUCCUAUGCGUUUGAUAUUGGGCAUGGCCUGGAUUUCCAGGACUAUGGUACUCUACUUCGCCAUGCCGUUGCGCAAGGAGACGUGGCUGUAGAUAACCAAGCUUACUUGUAUGACUACCAGAACAAUCUGCAGCAAGAGCUGGCAAUCCACGAACAAGCUGUUGGAGCGCAAGAAAUGGCUCACCAUACUCAAUCGCUAGCUGCUGAAGCUCAAGGCGCCUUCCAUGAAGGACGCACUAGGAAUAAUGCGCGACAGGCGUUACUUUUUGAACAGUAUAAAAAUAAGUUCAUUCAAGAACAACUGGAAAGCCAUAAUAGAGCGAAGAACAUUUGGGCAUCUGGGCGAGAGCAGAGGGAGGCCGAACGCGAGCUUGCUGAAGAGCGUCAGAAAGAGGCCCAGGAGCGACAGAGAAUUAUCGAUGAAGGGCGUCAUGUGGCACAGCAAGCAAGAGCUCAAAAAGCCAUUUCGAAGGCCCGUGAAGAGCGAAAGGCAAUCAAAGAGCGAAGAAAAGAGUUCUCCGCAAUUGCAGAUCAGGUGAAGAAGGAAGGGGCCACGCUGGCCCUCGAAAAUGCCAUCAAGGAGACGAUGAAGGCGAAAAAGGCCGCAAAGAAGACACGGAACCAUCAAACGCUGAAAAUUGCUGACUCAAGUGACCUUGUCAGUUCGUUUAUGAGCGGCAGCAACCCGGAGGCGACCCUGCCUACUUCGCAUGCUCACGAUAUGCCCAUACAUCAGGGCACGUUACCCCCGAACCUGACUCCAGCGAUCGUACAGCUUCCGACACGGCGCCUUACAAAUGUUGGUCAAACUCAAUCACAGCAGAUGCCUAGGAAUCAACCCGCAACUCAGCGCAUGCUGCCCGCUCCUGAUCCUCAAACACCUGCGUAUCCAUGGCUCGUUGACCAGAUGGGAGCGAUGAACCUCGGCCCUGGGGCUAGCGUUCCCACGCAUGUUUUCACGGGUGCUCCGCAGAUGCAGCAAUCAAUACCAGGAAUGUCGGAUGAAGGAUCUGACGAGGAUGAAGAGGAAGAGUAGCGAGGCUAGCGGGUGGCGAGCGAUAUGAGAGAACAAUGC